AUGGCCGCAGACAAUCCAGAAUCUGUUAGAAAUGACGCUACAGCAGAGAUUCAAACAGACCAAAAUGGGUCAACUCUGUCCCCGCGAAAUUUGUAUCCCUCUGCGGGUGGCUGGCUGCUUUCGGUGGAGGACUGCCGGGAGGAGGAGGAAGAUAUCCAAGAACCAUGUACGCCCCCGACUUGGGGCUCCAAUUCAGCCUUUCCGGUGGCCGGAGAUAACGAGAAGGAAACGGGCAGGCCAGACGCCGCUUCUACCGGCGCGCGGAGAGCAGCAGGCCCCGCCUCCCCCUCAACAAAGGUCGGUUCGAAGCUAGCCUGCGGCGUGGCGGCCCACCGCAGCCUCACCACCAAGUUGGGCAAGUCGCUGUUGCUCUUCCCCAAGGACCAUGCUCUGUGGCUGCUGUGGGACAGCUUCGUGUGGGGCCGCCGCGCGGACUGGUACGGGCGCAGUGACCGCUUGGUGAUCGGCUCUGGGCAUUUUGAAGUCUCUUCGGUGAUCCAGUAGAACCUGCGCUUUUUGAGGCUCAUGGCGGGCACCAUGCCCACUUUGCACCCUUUGUCCUCCCCAGCACCUGGGGGGGAACGAGAGGGAGACCAAACGGGCGACCCUCAAAAAAGGAAGAGAGCCCCAGGCAGUAAGGCAUUCAGAGGCCGCCCGGCAUCCAGCCUCCGGUAUGCUCCCCUAGACCGGGAAGAGGGCUGCGAAUUCUUCACAAAAGUCUCUUCACAAAGUUUCUUUAACUUGGGUAUUAAUAGCCUGUGCUACAACGGCAAAAGAUGUUUGCGGAAAUAUUUUUUCCGUUGUCUGGAGGCAGUUUCUAUUACCAGGACUAUUACAUUUGAAAAUGACGUUACGCAAAUACAAGUCUAUGCUGAUAAUCUAUCUAAUGAUGUCACUUCAGUACCUACUCACUGCAAAGAAACCCAAGUGCAUAAAAGUACUCAAAUUUCUCUGUAAAGGCACCUUUAUGGUCGUGUGGGUAUUCAGGCCACAGUAAAAGUAUUUGUGAGACUACAGGGUAUUGCAGUUACUCAGGCUGAUGAGUUAUGGUCUAGAACUUCCUCUGUCUUUGACAUUUACUUCAUUGACUCAGAAACAGAUUCAGAUUGGCACAUCAAGAAAAAGAGUGAACAGAGUGAGUUGUCUUACAUAGCUGUGCAACUGAAAGAAGAGACCUGUUAA